AUGAAGAGCUGCGAACCACAGGUUCAGUUCACCCUGAGCACCCUGGAGGACCCCAGAAAGGACCUUGAACCCCCAACCCAGGGACGUGAACAUUGGGCAAACAAGAUGGAGUUCCUACUGGCUGUGGCAGGACAGAUCAUCGGCCUGGGCAACGUGUGGAGGUUCCCCUACCUGUGCUACAAGAAUGGAGGUGGAGCGUUCUUCAUCCCCUACGUUGUGUUCCUGUUCACCUGUGGAAUCCCCCUCUUCCUCCUUGAGAUAGCCCUGGGGCAGUACACCAGCCAGGGGGGCAUCACCUGCUGGAGGAAGAUCUGCCCCUUAUUUCAGGGACUGGGCUUUGGAUCUCAGGUGGUGGUUUCAUACUCCAGCAUCUAUUACAUCAUCAUUUUGGCUUGGUCCUUCUUCUACCUCUUUGCUUCCUUGAGCUCCAAACUUCCCUGGACCAGCUGUGGAAACUACUGGAACACAGCGAUCUGUCUUGAGUUUGACCGGAGGAACAUCUCAUACAACGGAACAUUUGCUGAAAAUGCUGCAUCACCAGUUAUAGAGUUUUGGCAGAGGCGUGUGUUGAACAUCUCAGAUGGUAUCUAUAACUUGGGCACUCUAAGAUGGGAGUUGGCUCUUUGUCUUCUGCUUUCCUGGAUCAUCUGCUACUUCUGUGUCUGGAAAGGCGUGAGAUCCACUGGAAAGGUGGUAUACUUCACAGCCACCUUUCCUUACAUAAUGCUCUUGAUUUUGCUGGUUCGAGGACUCACCCUGCCUGGAGCUAAGGAUGGCAUCAUCUUCUAUUUGUACCCCGACAUCCAUCGUCUCGCUGACCCUCAGGUAUGGAUGGAUGCUGGAACACAGAUAUUUUUCUCCUAUGCUAUUUGUCUUGGCUGUCUGACAGCCCUGGGCAGCUACAACAAGUACAACAACAACUGCUACAAAGACUGCAUGUAUCUGUGCCUCCUGAACAGCGGGACAAGCUUUGUGGCUGGAUUUUCCAUCUUCUCUGUGCUGGGCUUCAUGGCCCGUGAGCAAGGAGUGGACAUCUCUGAGGUGGCUGAAUCAGGUCCAGGUCUGGCAUUCAUUGCGUACCCUCGAGCAGUGGCCAUGAUGCCCCUGCCUCAGUUAUGGGCAGUUUGCUUCUUCAUCAUGAUCAUCCUGCUCGGCCUGGACACUGAGUUUGUUGGCCUGGAGGCUCUUAUGACAGCCAUAUCUGACAUGUACCCAGCCGUCUUCCAAACCGGUAACCGCCACAAGGUCCUCCUCCUCGUCAUCAGUGUAGGAGGCUUCCUCAUUGGCCUGGUCAUGGUCACAGAGGGUGGGAUGUAUGUAUUCCAGCUGUUUGAUUACUAUGCCUGCAGUGGAAUGACCCUCCUGAUCUUUGCAUUCCUUCAGUCACUGUGUAUUGGUUGGGUUUACGGUGCAAACCAAAUGUAUGAUAACAUCGAGGACAUGAUUGGAUAUCGGCCUUUGUUUCUAAUGAAAUACUGCUGGCAAUAUGUAACCCCAUCUAUCUGUAUGGCCACGUUCAUCUUUGCCCUGAUCAAGUUCACCCCACUGAAAUUCAGCAAUGUCUAUGAGUACCCCUGGUGGGGUCACGCUAUUGGCUGGUUCUUCACCCUCUCCUCUACACUCAUGGUUCCUGUUUGUAUGGUCUAUGGCAUGGCUACCACCCCUGGGACCAUUCGGCAGCGAUUGCGCACUCUCUGCACACCAGCUGCUGACCUUCCCCAGCUACUGGCACAAAAGCAAAGUGUCUUCCUUGAGCUGUGUGAACCUUCAGGUCCCCCAGGUCUGUACCUGAGCUCCAGGAUGCACAAGGAGCCGAGUCCAAUCCACCCAUUAUACUGGAAGAGACCCGUUGACUUGCUGGAACUGCUGCUAGUGCCCUCGAGGGCUUGGUCUCACGCAGUAGUGGACUUCCUGAUGGACCUCCCCCCUUCGGAUGGCAAGACUGUGAUACUAACCGUGAUUGAUCGAUUUUCCAAAGCCUGCUGCCUGAUCCCUUUGCCACGGUUGCCCACGGAGACAGCGGAGCCACUAUUCCAACAGGUCUUCCGCCUGUAUGGUCUGCCUGAAGAUAUUGUGUCUGAUCAUGGGCCCCAAUUCACCUCGCGAGUGUGGAAGGCAUUCUGGAUGAAGUUGGGAGUCUCGGUGAGCCUCACCUCUGGCUACUACCCAAAGUCCUACAGGCAGGUGGAGCACCUACAGCAGGAUAUCAGUCGCUUCCUCCGCAGCUACUGCACCCAUCAGCAGCACCAGUGGGCCUGGUACCUUACUUGGACCAAGUACGCCCACAACGCCUUGACCCACUCCUCCACAAGCCCCUAG